CAUUACAGCGUAUUUAGUGAGGCUACAUUUUGCCGGAUCUGCCACGAUGUGGAUCGAGAAGAGCGGCUUAUCUCUCCUUGCCGAUGCACGGGGUCUAUCGGUACCGUCCACCAGUCAUGUGUUGAGAAAUGGCUGAUGUCAUCUAAUACGGACGCAUGCGAGCUCUGCAGAUUCCACUAUAUCACACAGAAACAGACUCGGCCGUUCUUAGAGUGGUUGAAGGAACCACCAAGCCGUCAAGAUCAAAGGCACCUUAUCGGAGACGUGGUUUGUUUCUUAGUGCUGGCACCACUUGCCUCGGUCAGUGCAUGGCUGUGCAUCAAAGGAGUGCUGCAUUAUGUACAAUGGGAAAACCAAUGGGAAGCUGCUGGCCUGAUCUGCCUCACAUCUUUCCUCAUAAUUAUUUUCCUUGUUUGGUGUUGUAUCUCUAGCCACUACCAUUACAAAGUAUUCAAGGAAUGGCAAAGUAAAAACCCGAUUGUUCGUGUAGUGGGUAUCUGCGAACUCGAUAGCACACGAAACAACACCCAUGCACAUAACGCCCAAGAAGACAUGAUAUUUGAAGAACAAGAAGAAUCGGAAAAUUCCUAUACGGACAAUGGCCAACGAUUCCCAGCGACUGACGAUGUUGCCAUCGGAUUCCCGAGCUUACUGGGUGCUGCUGCGAACACUGUGCCGUAUCGGGAUUGCGAAACCGAAGCCGCAACCGAAGAGCAAGCGCAAUGUUCAGACCCGCUACGUGAGACGUUGGUUUGACGGAGUGUCCCAAAUAUUUCAUCAGACAAACAUAUAACCAGCGUGCUUUUCCGUUUUGGAAAAAUGCCAGUAACGGAUUUAAUUAACUACGCCAUAGCAAUACGAUAGUUGUAAUCGUUUUAACACGAAGUUUCACGAAGUAACACGUCUUGUGUAAAAUACGUGUCGGUAGCGAAGCCCAUUGCAAAGUGGCUGUGCUUACAUGACCAACGUAAUUACGUAAGGAUAUUUACAAGUGCGUUUAUACAUUUUUUACAUGAUUAUAUUUUACGAAUAAUGAAUUUUAGGAGGUUAAAGAUAUUAAUCCCCAGUGCUAACAUUAGUAACAUGUACGUGUGUGCAGCAUAGGCAUUGAAAACAUACUCACCAUGAAAGGAUUUAUCAACUGAUAUUUGCAACCGCGCAUUGGAUACAUCAAACACGAAAAGUACCAAAAAUAUUUAUCAUAUAUAUUAAUUAAUUUAACAUGUUAAACUAACCUAUUUAUACAAUAUUUAUAAGUGCAAAAUACUACUAUUAGACAUCACACUAACGCGUUACUUGUGAUAAAUUUACACCGUUGUGUUUUGAACUAAACUUUGAUACUAGACUUUCAUGUACUACGAACUAUUUAUUAUUCCCUACUGUGAUUACGAAGAGCAAAUAAAAAAUACUAUUGAGAAUGA